AUGCGGUGAACGCAACGAUGAAUCGCGUAUUGUUGGCGGCACCACAACCGGAGUCAGCGAAUACCCAUGGAUGGCACGCCUCAGCUAUUUUAAUCGUUUCUAUUGCGGCGGCACCCUCAUCAAUGAUCGCUAUGUUCUGACCGCCGCGCAUUGUGUCAAGGGCUUUAUGUGGUUCAUGAUCAAGGUCACAUUUGGCGAACAUGAUCGUUGCAAUGACAAGGAGAGGCCAGAGACUCGCUUUGUGCUGCGUGCCUUUACACAGAAAUUUAGUUUUUCAAAUUUCGACAAUGACAUUGCUCUGCUGCGUCUCAAUGAUCGGGUACCCAUAACGAGUUUCAUUCGACCCAUUUGCCUGCCACGACCGGAGGAAAGAAAUGAAUUGUUUGUGGGCACAAAAGGCAUAGCCACUGGUUGGGGUACCCUGAAGGAAGAUGGUAAGCCUUCAUGUCUACUGCAAGAGGUUGAGGUUCCCGUCCUCGACAAUGAAAGCUGUGUGGCCCAAACCAAUUACACUUCGAAAAUGAUUACGAAAAAUAUGAUGUGUGCCGGUUAUCCGGGUACGGGGGAACGUGAUAGCUGUCAAGGUGAUUCGGGUGGUCCUUUGGUUCGCCUACGUCCCGAUGAUAAACGUUAUGAACAAAUUGGCAUUGUUUCGUGGGGUAAUGGUUGUGCUCGUCCCGAUUAUCCUGGUGUCUAUACCCGAGUUACGAAGUACUUAGAUUGGAUCAAGGAAAAUUCACGAGAUGGUUGUUUUUGUGAUGAACAUUUUUGA